CAAUUAGCAAACACCUGCUGAGCUCAUUAUAGGAGGUGCUGCUCAGUUUUUACUUCUGGUAAAAACGUUAAAGGGUUAAUAGAGGAGCCAUGUUGUGAUGACUUUCUGAAGGCGGAGCUUCAGACAGAGCAGGAACUUCUUAAAGAGACAGAGGCUCAUUUUCAAGGCGCAAAAUCUGAACCUUUAGAAACACAUAAAGACGAUAAGAACGUCGACCUUCUGUUGCCUGAAGAACAUUAGAGGAUUAAUGUCUCAGUACGAUCUAGAGAAACUCAUCCAUGCAUCACCAGAACCAAACAUGGAGACGCUGCAUUCAGCUUCUAUGCACCACAAAUCUGGAACAAACUUCCAGAAAAAAGCAAAACAGCCGAAACACUGAGUGCCUUUAAAUCCAGACUAAAAGCCAGUUGGUUAUAGUUGCUUUUGAUUCAUCAAUGAAACUAUGACCAACAUAUUUGAUGUGUAUUUGCUUGAUGAUUUUGAUGACAAAAUGUAAUAUUUAUUACUUGUUUAUAAUUGGUUACUGUUUUAUGGUGUAAAGCACUUUGAACUGUCUCGUUUCUGAAAUCUGCUAUAGAAAUAAACUUGAUUGAUUGAUUGAUUGGUUUUGGUCCAGGUUCUGUGAUCAUCAUUAAACCCGUUUUAAUCUCAGGAACCAGACGAGGAGUUUAUGGGACUUAAAGGGAGAUCAAAUAUUUCAAAUGCCUAAUUCCAGAUAUUUCUUACAGGAGGUGUUUAGCAGUAAAAGCCACUUCAACUCGUUUCCCUGUUGAUGUUUGUGUUCAUUGAACAGAGCUUCCCUGUAAACUGGGAAGUUUUUCUGUCGGAAUCUCUGCAUUUCCUCUCAACUAAAAUCCUGCGAUAUUUCAUGUUUCCACUUCCCUCUCGGCUUCGAUGUUCCUCAUUUAUGCUCGAACAGGAACAACCGGAGCUGCGCCAUGACAGUGUUUCAGAUUUAAAGAAGAGCUGGAGGACAGAUACGAUGUCCUGUCCGUCAGAGAAAGACCUCUCCUGUCCAAUCUGCUUCGACAUCUUCAGUGACCCCGUCGUGCUGUCCUGCAGCCACAGCUUCUGCAGAGCCUGUCUGCAGAGAUGGUGGUCCGAGAGGCGGAGAGACUCCUGCCCGCUCUGUAAGGAGAUCUCCUCGUUCCGCUCUCCGCCCUGCAACCUGGCCUUAAAGAACCUGUGCGAAACCUUCACCCUGGAACGGAAGAAGAACCCUCCAAAAGAGCCGGAGGAUCUCUGCAGUCUUCAUGCAGAGACGCUGAAGCUUUUCUGCCUGGACCAUCAGCGGCCGGUUUGUCUCAUCUGCAGGGACGCGAAAGAUCACAGCGACCACAGAUUUAGACCCAUCGGCGAGGCGGCGCAGGACCGUCGGGACGACCUCGCCAGGAUCCUGAAACCUCUAAAGAAGAAGCUGGCGCUCCUGAAGCAAGCCAAGGAAAGCUGUGGUGGAACAGCAGAGCACAUUAAGACCCAGUCCAAACACACGGAGAGGCUCAUCAGGAAUCAGUUCAACUGGCUUCACCAGCUGCUGGAGGAGGAAGAGGAGGCCAGGGUCGCCGCGCUGCGCGACGAAGAGAAACGGAAAUGUAAAGACAUGACGGAUCGGAUUGAGGUUCUGAACAGAGCAAUACGAGUUCUGUCAGACACAAUCAGAACCGCAGAGGAGGAGCUGAGGGCUGCAGACCUGAGAUUCCUGCAGAAUUACAAGGCCGCAGCAGCCAGGGUUAAACACUGCCCCCUGCUGGACGACCCGCAGACUCCCCGCGGAGCGCUGAUAGACGAGACCAAACACCUGGGCAACCUGGCCUACAACAUCUGGACCCAGCUGAAGAAGACGGCCUCCUUCGCACCCGUCCUCUUGGACCCGAACACGGCUCACCCAGAGCUGGUUCUGUCCGCGGAUCUGACCAGCGUCACGUUCGGGCCGAGGCAGAAGCUCCCCGAGAACCCGGAGAGGUUCGACCAGCACCACUGCGUCCUGGGCGCCGAGGGGUUCGCCUCCGGGACUCACGGCUGGGCCGUGGAAGUCCGGCGGGACCAGAACUGGGGCGUGGGCGUGGUCAGCGAGUCGGUCCGGAGGAAGGGCCAAAUCCGAGAUGGAUUCUGGGGGAUUUGUCUGUUCAACGGAGACGUGACGGCCGUUUCCCAUCCGGUACCCAGCAAACAUCUCCCGGUGAAGAAGCUGCAGAGAGUCAGAGUUCAGCUGGACUGGGACGGAGGGACGCUGUCCUUCUUUGAUUUAGACUCAGACAGACACAUCCACACCUUCAUCCACAGGUUCACCGAGAAAAUGUUUCCUUUCAUUGGGACCAACAACAAAUUACCUGUGAGGAUUUUACCUGUAAUCAACUGGUAACGGACUACUGGAAACCAGUAAGGCCUGGGCCAUAUGGGUUAAAGAGGGGUGUCCAAACUGUUUGUCACGGGGACCAAAAAAAAAAGAAGAAAUAUUAGCUUCUUCUGCCCCAAUACAUGUGAAACUUAUUUAUUUCUACUCAUGUUGCUUCAUCUUGAAACAAAACCUGCUCUGGAAAUAACAGAAGAAACAAACUUAAUCCAAAUACAUUUAGUGGAUUUAUUUUCUUUCUUUAGAAAAACACCUUGAUGACAAGAAAAAAACUGUUUUUUUCACCAACACUUUUUACACAUUUAUUCACCAGAAUAAUCAGUAACUGCUUACCGUAGCUGUCUCCCUGUUUAGCAUUGAAACAAGUGACAGCUGUCUGACAGGCGACACAAACAAUUAAUAAAGAUCGACUUAGUGAUGAAAUAUCUGCAGCCGGAACAUCAGAAAAUGCUUCAACUUGAUCAGAAGUUGAAGUUUUCUUAAUAUUUUAGAGUUUAAACCUCAAUCCAUUUCAGGAUUUCUCACAAUGAGUGCAAACAGAACGCCUUUCAGACGCCCUGGUACCGAUAAUUAACCAGUUUCUACAGGAAGUCCUAAAUGGACUGAAAGAGUUGAGAGGAGUGAACUAAGUUCUGCUUCCAUAUUUCUGUUGAGCUUUCAGCCAAACGAACAAAAAAAAAACUGGAGGUAAAAUCACCAGGAAAGGACAAGAUCAUGGUGGCGAGUCCAAAAGUUCAUCUUACGUUGAAUAUUUCAUGGUUUUGUUCGUUUUUAUUUUGUCGCUUAGAAAAAAUCCAACUGACAGGAAAUGUUCCAAUAUUGCUACCAAAAAGGCAUUUUUCACAUCAAGCCAAGAGAUUUUCUGUGUGUUUAAAAUGAGGUUUCUAAGACGCGUUUAACCAAAGUACGUCCCGUAUUUAAUUGUUAAAAAUCAGAUAUAGAUUCAAAAAUUGAUUUUCAUUCCUAAUAAAACUCGUUCUGUUGGAGAGAAAAAUGUUUUAAAUUUUAAUUGAAAAAAAAAUAAUGCAUUAGAUUAACAGAAUAAUAAAGGGAGACGCAAAAAAGAAAAUCAA